UUGCUAUGCUAUCCAUUCAGCUCAAUUACCUUAUCGAAAACGAAGAACUUGUCACCAACAGUGUCAUUCGCGUGAAAAGAUAUGUCUGUAACAACGUCCAACAAGACAAGUUAGUCCUUCUACUUCCUGCUAUUUCAUCCCCGCAAGCACCGUUUAAGCAGGUCCCUACAAAUGUCGGAGUACCCAGUACGAUAACCAGUAUACCAGGAACCUCAAAAACACCUCCCAAGUCAUCUUCUUCGUUCGAUCCCUCCACAUCUGGAACUCCGGGAUCUGGCACUGAACGCAUCUUUCCAAUCGCAAGUCUUAAUCCUUACCAGAGCCGCUGGACCAUCCGUGCGCGCGUAUCUCAGAAGGCAACUAUUAGACCAUGGAACAAAAAUGGCCGCGAGGGAAAACUUUUUAGUUUCACCCUCUUGGAUGAGAGUGGAGAAAUCCGAGUGACUGCAUUUAAUGCUGAGGUCGACAAGUUUUAUGACCUUAUUGAGGUCCAAAAGGCUUACUUCAUCAGCAAGGCUACCCUAAAGCCUGCCAACAAACAGUACAACACCACCAACAAUAACUACGAGAUGACACUUAUCAGUGAUACGAAAAUCACGCCCUGCGAAGAUGGCGACGAUGCAGGAGUUCCAGAUUUGCAGUUCAACUUCACGGAAAUCAGACAGUUAGAGUCCUACAUUCUUGGCAUCGCACAUGAAACAGGUGAAUUGCAAUCGGUAACCGUGAGAGCAUCCCAGCGUGAGUUGCAAAAGCGUGAUAUCAGCCUAGUCGACGCCUCAGGCUGUUUAGUUCGCCUCACCCUCUGGGACACCCAAGCGACCGAAUUUGACGGCUCCACAAACCCCGCUGUGGUUGUCAAGUCCGCCAAGAUCUCCGAUUUCAAUGGUAGAUCGCUCUCGACCACUUGGCAGUCCUCCCUCCUGAUUGCUCCUACCAGUAUACCCGAAGCGCGUCGUCUGAAGAACUGGUACGAACGAGAGGGUCGGACGGCCAACUUUGAGACCUAUGAAGGCGAAAUGGGCGGACUCGGCUCUGCGGGCGAAAGCCACGGUCUAAACCAGCUCUCUGAGCUUGCAGUCCCUGGCGUCGGCACCAACCCCAAGGGGGACUACUUUACAUGCAAGGCUACAGUAUCCUUUCUGAAGAAGGAGAACUUCAUAUAUAAGGGCUGUCCCACCGACGGUUGCAAAAAGAAGGUUAUCGAUAUGGGCAAUGGUCUCUACAGGUGUGAGAAGUGCGCCCGUGUAACUCCCACCUUCAAAUGGAAGUUCCUUCUUAUGGCCAAAAUUGCUGAUAUUAGCGGUGAACAGUGGAUCACCUGUUUUCAGGAAACGGCAGAAGUCCUUCUUGGACGAACCGCCGAUGAUCUGGGUGCAAUGAAGGAUGCUCAGGAUGAAAGUCAGUUAGAUGGGGUCUUCGUGGCGGCAUCUUUCAAAUCAUGGAUUUUUCGACUUCGUGCCAAAAUCGAGAAUUUCAACGACGAGUCAAGGCUACGGAUUGUAGCGGUGGAGGUGAAACCAGUGAUGUAUACAGACUACGCGAAACAGCUACAGAAAUCGAUAGACGCCCUCAUUCCCAGCCUGCCCGCUGAGCUGACAUCCGAUGAGUCCUAA